AUGUCAACGCCUAAAAUAUCAAUCAAAGUGUCAACACCAGGUGGACCAUCCACCCCUUCCGCCGACCCUAUAACAACCGACGCUACUGGAGGAGACGUGUCCACUCAUGAUAUCGCUACUGCCCCAGGGAAGGAGAGGGAGAGAGAACCGAUAUAUAGUGGGGAGAUUGGAAAUAUAGGUGGUGUAGGGGAGACUAACGGAGAAUCAUCAUCAGCCCCAGGUCAGACCGACGAGCCAAUGGAAACCUCUACUCCAGCAGUGGAAGGCGAAGCGCCCACUCCAGCGCCCGAAGCGGCCGAACGACCUACACCUCAACAACUGCAUGAUCUCGCUACGACAUACCUAGCAGCUCAAACUCACCCUCUAGUCAUCCCAUCUUAUUCCUCUUGGUUCUCGCUCUCCACCAUUCAUCCUAUCGAGAGAAGAUCAUUACCCGAAUUCUUCUCGUCUAGGAACAGAAGCAAGACACCGGCUAUAUACAAAGAUUAUCGAGAUUUUAUGAUCAACACUUACAGAUUAAACCCGGGAGAAUACCUCACGGUCACUGCUUGUAGGAGGAAUUUGGCAGGUGAUGUAGGUGCCAUCAUGAGAGUUCAUGCAUUUUUAGAACAGUGGGGUUUGAUAAAUUACCAGGUCGACCCUGAUACACGUCCUGCAGCUCUUGGUCCACCUUUCACAGGUCAUUUCCGAGUGACUCUCGAUACUCCCAAAGGUCUCUCCAACCUCGUUCAUCCAGGAACAAGACCCAAUACCGGUUCACUCUCCCUCGCAGCUCAAACAAACGGUAUCACCCCUCAUUCAUCCAAUCUCGACUUACGCAAGACAAUCUAUCACUCUACUUCCAAAUCAUCCAAACCCAUCAGUUCAGCCGAGGCAACCAAAAUCGCUUCUACGACCAACGGCGAAAGUGUACCUAAAACACAGACGUUCUCAUGUGAUACUUGCGGAACGGAUUGUACACGAACGAGAUACCAUUCCAUCAAAGAUGGUGAAUAUACCUUGUGUCCAUCAUGUUUCGUAUCGGGUCGAUUCCCCUCUACGAUGUUCUCUGGAGAUUUCGUUCGAUUGGACGAAGAGACUUUCAAACAAUCUUCUUCUUCGGGAUUAGGUAGCGAAUGGUCAGAUCAGGAGACUUUAUUGCUUUUAGAAGGAGUAGAAAUGUUUGACGAUGAUUGGCAGAAUGUCGCUCAACAUGUCGGAACAAGAUCAAAAGAACAGUGUAUUGCGAAAUUCUUACAGCUCCCCAUUGAAGAUCCUUAUCUCACUUCGGACCCUGCUGCGGACCUUGGACCGUUGAAGUACCAAGCUGGAAUCAAUGGAUUACCAUUUGAUGGUUCGGAGAACCCCGUCAUGUCUGUUGUGACUUUCUUGGCAUCGGCGGUUGGACCUGCUGUGGCUGCUGCUGCUGCUCAGAGUGCUUUGGGGGAGUUGGCAAAGGGAUUGAAGAGGAAGAGAGGCGGGGAAGAUGGUGAAAACAAGGAGAAGGAAAAGGUGGUCAAGACGGAGGGAGAAAAGGAAGAAGAUGGUAUGGUAGUUGAUGGUGAAAGUGAGGGUGUACAGGUGGAAAAUGGAGAGAAAGAAGAUAAUACCGACACAACAGUAGCUGUACAGGAAAAGGAAAAGGGCCCAUCAUCCGAUCAAGUGUCAAGAGCAGCUACUAUUGCAUUGUCAUCUGCAGCUUCAAAGGCGAAAGCACUGGCGUUACAUGAAGAAUCGAAAUUGUCAGGAUUGGUUUCUCGUCUAGUCUCAGCUCAAGUUAAGAAAGUGGAAUUGAAAUUGAAAUUGUUCGAAACGUUAGAAGAACAAUUAGAAAAUGAGAAGAGGAAUUUGGAGUUGGGCAAACAGCAAUUGUUCAAAGAUCGUUUAGCGGUUAAGAAACAGUUGGAAAAAGUGGAAGAUAUCUUGAAGAAUGUCAAAGAGAACCCAUCUCCCGUCGAAACAGUACAGCAAGUUGGGGAAUUGAAAGAGGAAGUGAUGGAAAAGAGUACGGCGGAGUUGAUUAAACCUGUUGAAGGGGUUGUGGAGGUACCGAAAUUGGAUGAAGGAGAGGGAGAAGCGAAUCUACAGAAGUUGUAG